CCAUUCCCGACUCCCGACGUUCACAUGGAAUAUUUUGACUGUCGACAGAUUCGAAGGGUGCGUCAGUUAUUCUAAACGUGGAACUGUGGAGGGGGGAUCGUUGCAGCAGAUGUGAAAUUCCUUAUCAGACAUAUAUCUUAUUUCGUGCUCUCAACCCCCCGACAACGAGUCUGUUCGAGACUUCGAGUGUUUGUCCCGGCUUCAUUCUCACUUGUGGCGUCAACGUGGCAGCUCGCAUCUUCGAGAAUGAAAACGUCAAUUUGGGAGUUUUCAGUGGGACUUUGCGUCUUUUUGUUUGCAAGCUGUACACAGGCCACCUUCCGCGAUGAUCCCACAGUUCUCGUUACUUUGCUUGUCAGAAACAAAGCCCACACACUGCCAUAUUUCCUAAAACUAUUUGAAGAGUUGGACUACCCGAAAAGUAGAUUGACAUUAUGGAUCAAGAGCGAUCAGAACCAAGAUCAGAGCCUGCAGAUAAUGAACAAAUGGAUUGCUUCUGUAGAAAAUUCAUAUCAUCACAUUUAUCACGAACUGACUUCCUCCCCUUCCGUAGCCGACGAUAAAAUCCCGACAAAUUGGACUCAGGAGCGAUUCAAGCACAUAAUCAGUUUGAGGGAAGAAGCUCUGGAUAAAGGGCGAGAACUGUGGGCGGAUUUUGUUUGGUUUGUAGAUUGCGAUGUUUUCCUGACAAACAACCAAACACUGAAGACGAUGGUCAACACGAAUUACCCGGUUGUCGCGCCCAUGCUCGACACGCUGAGCUUGUACUCGAAUUACUGGUGCGGCAUGGGUCUCGAUUACUAUUAUCGACGAACUGACGAGUACAAGCCAAUCCGCGAGCGUGAAAACAAAGGUUGCCACCGGGUCAUCGUCGUACACUCGUGUUUCUUGGUCGAUCUGCGUCAAGUGGAAUCCAAACGACUGACUUUCAGACCCGAGAAUAUCAAUGGCUACAACGGCCCUCACGAUGAUGUCAUCACUUUUGCCAUUUCCGGCUAUUGGACUGAUGUUCCAGUGUACAUUUGCAAUCAAAUCAAGUUCGGUUAUCUUCUGGCGCCGCUCGACGAAAGUCAAACGAUCCAAGAUGACUACGCCCAGUUGACCAAUAUCAUGCUAGAAGCUUCAGUGGAUUUCCCUCCGAUGACCGCUCACCAGCAGCUAACCGAAUACGUAACGCCGCCUGCCAAAAGCACGCACGGAUUUGACGAAAUCUUCCUGAUCAAUUUGGAACGCCGUCCGGAGAGACGGGCACGCAUGGAAUGGUCCAUGAAUCAGCUCGGCCUAAAGCACAAAUUAAUCAACGCCGUCGACGGAAAAUCGUUGAACGAUUCCUACGUCGCUUCGUUGGGCAUUCGCAUGCUGCCGAAUUUCGCCGAUCCUUAUCACCACAGGGCCAUGACGAUGGGAGAAAUCGGCUGUUUCCUCAGCCAUUACGCCAUUUGGCAAGAGAUCGUGGAUCGGCAGCUGGCUGCCAGCAUAGUCUUCGAGGACGACAUCCGCUUCGAAAUCAACUUUGCCAAAAAGCUUGCCGAUCUCGUCAGCGAGGUGGAUCGUUUGCAACUCGACUGGGAUUUAAUUUACCUGGGACGGAAGCGACUCAAGCACGAGAACGAGACGUGGGUUGAAGGCAGCGAACAGUUGGUCAACGUCGAGUAUUCCUACUGGACAUUGUCUUACAUCUUGAGCAAACGCGGAGCAGAAAAGCUACUGAGAGGCGAACCGUUCGGCCACCUGGUACCCGUUGAUGAAUACCUGCCCAUCAUGUUCGACAGGCAUCCGGAGAGCCGAUGGAAGGAACCUUUCCCCAAUCGCGAUUUAAAGGCUUAUUCAGUUGCUCCUUUGAUGGUGUAUCCUACGCAUUACACGGGCGAGGCGGGUUACAUAAGCGAUACGGAAUCGUCUGAAAUUGUGCCGGACAUCAUCAAGAAUGCGGCGGCCAAAGAGGGGAAAGCCGACAAGGGCUCCAAAGAGGUUGAAAUUGAGGACAAAAUCAAAAUCGAACUGCCGGCCAUGGGAGAAACGGGCCCUAUCGUCGAUGCUACCAGCACCUCCGCUGCUACCCAGAGAGAGGAGAUCGCCACAAUUAGCAACGAGUUCCACGUCGAGUUAUAAACAAUGAGUGCGUAAUAACACCGGCAAUCAAUGGAAAUGAAGAAUGAAAUUCAAAUUAAAAGAAGAGAGAAAUAAUUUGACGUAGAGCCCCAAACUUCCUCGUGUAGCAAAUGUCAAUUAGAGUUUUGAUUUCUUCACUUUGGCUUUGAAAAAGUGCGAAAAGAAAAACUCAAUUUUCAAAAUCCUAUUUAGCAAUACCUUCACACACAAAAAACAAAACAAAUUGCUAUGCAAUUGAAAAGAAAAUGCAAAGUAAAACAAAAAAAAUAAUAAUUUGAAUAAUAAGUGUUGUAUUUUUAGUCCACGUGAACUACGAUUGAUCUGUCCCAUCUAACUUGAAUAUCAAAGGAAUCUUAACAUUUUCUGAAUGACAUCUUUUUUUGACACCUUUAUAAAACGUCAGAGCCGGGAACGUCUCAGUUCAUUUGCAGGCACCUGCUUCUCGAUUUCAUUAUAGUGCGUAUGCCAAAACCCAAACUGUGUAUUUCGUGUAUCCUGCUGUCAACCCGGCACAUCAUACACAAAACUGCAUCACGAAAAAGAGAAAAUCAUCAAACAAAAUCAAUCUGAACCGA